CAAUCCUCCUGGGGGUCGUGGUCCCUUUAAGCUGCCCGGCGCGGAGGUGGGGCCGAGCCUCCCGGACCGGAAGCUGACUGGGCGCGUCACUUCCUCCAGGAAGCGGGCCUGGGCGGAUGUCUCCGGCGCGUCCGUGCAAGGGGCUGAGGGCCGCGGUGGCUGCCAGCGUGGGGUUGAGCGAGGGGCCGGCGGGCUCCCCUCGGAGCGGCCGCCUUCUCCGCCCUCCGAGUCCCGCUCGGGCGGUGCCGGGGGCCCGGCUGUUGCGGCUCCCGGGGAGCGGGGCCGUGCGGGCCGCAAGCCCGGAGCGCGCCGGUUGGACCGAGGCGCUGCGGGCUGCCGUGGCCGAACUGCGCGCCGGCGCCGUGGUGGCCGUCCCCACCGAUACGCUUUACGGCCUGGCCUGCUCGGCGAGCUGCUCCGCAGCACUGGGCGCUGUGUACCACCUCAAGGGCCGCAGCGAGGCCAAGCCGCUGGCCGUGUGCCUGGGCCGCGUGGCCGACGUCUACAGGUACUGUCAUGUGAGAGUACCCGAGGGGCUGCUGAAAGACCUGUUACCAGGACCAGUGACCCUGGUGAUGGAACGCUCAGAGGAGCUCAAUAAGGACCUGAACCCCUUCACUCCCCUUGUAGGCAUCCGGAUUCCUGACCACGCCUUCAUGCAGGACUUGGCCCAGAUGUUUGGGGGACCACUUGCUCUCACCAGCGCUAACCUCAGCUCCCAGGCCAGUUCCCUGAAAGUGGAGUGCCGUGGAAAAUACUACAGCUGUUCUACAACAGAAGUACGGGCUGCUCCCCUCGCAUGGCUCCUGAAUGGGAAACUCGGGAGGCUGGAGGGCCCAGGGAUUGAAGCUGGACACCAUGUGUCUGUCCACUGGUGGGGGCGAGGCCUCAUUUGCAGAGGCUGCUGGGACUACAGCGUCACUAGACUGAUGCUUUUAAGGCAGUUUGUCUUUCUGAACUUGGUAAACCAGGCCCCAGAAGCUGCUGGUGUAGCCUCACACCUGGGGAAGGGGGCUUUAUUUGUUACUUGUAAUUUUACAUGUCAGCCAAAAGCUGAUAAGAGACUUUUAAGAACAUUCCUGGGAUGCUCUUAUUCUGAUGAUUCUUCCCUCUCUUUUCUUUUAAAAAAAAAUUUGAAAUAUAAUUUAAAUAACAUUUGGAAUCUAGUGAGAAGUGGCGGCAUUGAAGGUCCAAAUGAGCUAGAGCUGUUGGUGCUGUUUAAAAGUCUCAGGUGACCAAAGACAUGAGUUUUUGCGCUCCUGAAGCUAGAACCAGGUUAAGAUAAAGAUUGUAGAGCCACAAGCCAGACACCGUUUCACCUGAAGCCAGAGCCAGAGGCAUGGCGUGCGCUCAUUGCCGGGCAGAGAGUUGUCAUUAUGGUUUAAUGAUGGGAAGUCAGCUCAGUUGGCAGGGAAUGAGAUAGCGGGGUCCAAAGUAAAGAGUAUUGGAAAAUAAAUCUCUACUAUCUGAGACAUAAAAUAAAUUGUAAUGAGUUAUACCUAUAAUACCUUUAUUUAAAUCUAGUGUCUACAUAUGAAUAUAGCCUUUAUCUGUAUUUAUAUGUAUACCAAGCAUUAAACACAAGUAUUGUUGGGCAUUUGAACUUUGUUUUUCUUUAAUG